GCCGGACCCUAACUUAUUGCGAUUUGUAAAUCUGCGUCGUCCGGUCGUCCCUAACUCCUCGCCGGUCGCCGGUCGCCGGUUGCGACCUCUGCCUUAGCGAAACAGCGACGCUGCACUCCACCAAUGAAGCGUCUUAGGCAACCAGUCCAACCACAGAGUUUGAGAUGAAGUGGGAGUCUAAUUUGAGAUGAAGUGAGAGUUUAGUUUGAGAUGAAGUGGGAGUCUCACAUUCUCAGCACUAUAAAUAAAGGCAUUCAUCUCAUUCCGAAUCACCAUCCAAAGCUCUAAAGAAGCAUUCAUCUUGAAUUUAAUAUAAUCAUUCGAACGUUUGAUAGGUUUCAUGGAGACUGGAUAUGGCAUACCAAAUAGCCUUCAAGAGAAUUUUGAGGAUGGCAAAGACAUUAAGAUGUGUGAGUUUGAGGAGGGAGAAUUGGUGAAGAUGUUUUCUAAGACUAAAUUAGUUUCCAAUAUAGAAUCACAACAAACUAGGUCUGGAACUAUUGGAACUGAGACCUUAGUUAAUAAAGAGUCUGGCAGGAAGAAGGAGAAGAACAAGGGAAAUAAAGGCACCCCAUUUCCAAGUCUUAAUCAUAUGAACUGCUUUGUUACAAAUGUGUGUAGACAAUUUGGAGAAAGAAAAUCUUAUUUGAUAUGGGAGGCUGUAGCAUGUCUUGGUCUAUCAGCUGUCCGUAAUCUUGUCAAAGAGGCACAAGCAAUUCAGGCUUGUGGUGGACAGAAGACUGCUGAUGGCCGGUGCUUUAGAACAGGUGGUAGGAUAUUAUGGAACAUCAUCAAAGCACGUAGGCCAAAUGCUUACAAACAGAUAAUUAAAAGGGGAGUGGAGUUUGAGAUGAGUCGCUACAAAGAGUUAAUGGAAAGGGAAGGCCAUAGGAUUUUGAGAAGCAGCACAAGAAAGUUCCUAAAACAUCUGUAAUGGAGCAAGAAGACACAUCCCAGAAUAUCCCUGCAGGCACAGUGACAAAUCAUAUGAUAGUUCAAUGCUUUAGAUAAUGGUUCAAGUUGUGCCAACUUUUGAACCACAACAGUUGUUUAUAAUAGAUUACGGAUGCCAGUUUCAUAUGAUAGAUCUGUUUGAAGAAGAGUGUGCUAUAGUUUAAUUUUGGACUUAUUGUUGAAAGACCUGUCUCUUUACCAUCAAACAUAAUAAUAAGUAAU